GUACAAGAGGGCUUUGCUCAAGGUCCAAUCUUCGUCCUUAAUGUUGCCAAACGCUUCAUCAAAUUCUUUAUCAUUGGAGGAGUGUCACUUGGGCUUACCACUGGCCUUCUUUUUGAAGGCACUCAUAUCUGGGUAGAGAACGUGGAGUUUGCCCUUCCCCAGGAUGACGAGGAAACGAGGAGAUGGGAAUGGAAUUUAGAGAGAGAGAAUUGGACAGGGGAUUUAGAGGCUGCAGGGACGGACCCUGCAUUAGGCAUUCGCGGACGACAUCUAGUCCGAGCAGCUUGGAUGGCACAACACUGGGGUGUGGAUCAAAGUACAGUUAUCGUAAGCUCUGACUCGGUCAAGAACGAUGAUGGGCUGCUGGGUCCACGAGGUCUAGUCAUCAUCGAUCCACGCUUGGUCAGAGCAGAAAACUUUCUACGUGAUGUGAUCCUCAUCGCCGAGCAGAAAAGCAUCGAAGGAAAACUUCGGCCAUGGACGAUGACCCAAUUGCUUAGCCUGCAUGCUUCGGUGCUUGAUAGAAUGGGAUCUGAAUCAAUGAUAACUGCCAAAGCACAGUAUGAGCGCGCGUGGAGUGCUCAACCUUUCAUUGCCCCACAAUCUGCCCGUAUUGCAUUGAAACUCGGUGACCUCAAUCGCCGGCUGGGCGACGAUACCGGGGCUUUAGCGUGGUUGAAUCGUGCUAUCCAUACUACCCCGUCUCGGUCUGAGAGUUCUGGAGUUCCUCCGUCGAUGCCUUCGUCCCCUUAUGCCCAGCGUUCCCUCUUAUACGCACUCUCCUCAUUGUCUGCUUUCUAUGCGACGACAGGAAAACUCACUGAAGCUCAAUCCACCGCUGAAGCGUCACUUGAUCUCAUUCGAUCCGUCCGUCAGCCUGAAUCUAUCGUAUCUAUUUCACCACCACAUGCUCUCCAUGCUCUAACGUUACUCCAACGUUCAUCGGUUUUGGCUAUCCAUCUUGCCGAAGUUCUUUACGCCCAAAACAAACCCACAAUUGUUUCUACUCAAUGGCUAUCGACUGCUGCGGAGUCUUCAGAGCGAGUCAUACGAGUACUGACUGGAUCGCCAUUCAACACUGGUACUGAUCGGGCUUUAGUCACUCCCGCCAAUACCAUUCAACCCUCAUAUUUAAAUAAUGCUUCGCUGAAAAGGCCUGCGACUAGUCUUUACAGAGACUCCAGAAGGACGGCUGCAGAGGCAUGGAAUUUGACAGGCAUUCUAUUGGAAGUUAAGGAUCCUAAAGCUGCACUGGUCGCGUACGAACAUGCCGUUCAUCUUGCGGGGAGCAGCGAGGAACAUGGCAAGCCCGCAGACAAAACAUUGAAAGUUGACUGGGAAAUUAUAUGGGGCAAUUAUACACGGCUCAAGUCAAAGAUUCAA